UCGGACCUGCGACGUCGCAUGAGUUUGCUUUCGGCCUCUUACCGCUCGUCCGUCUGUCCGUCGGUUCGGCUGUCGUCGUCGUCGUCGUCGUCGUCGUCGCCGCGGCUAAAGGAGCUGGCUGCGGAUGGUGCUCUCUGUCUCGCCCAAGAGCCAUGCACGCGGGUCUUGACACGUCGUUCUGCGCCAUUUCCCUGCGUCGACGAGCGAGGAGUCGUUGGCUGGCGAGCGUCGUCGGUGCGAGAUUUCUUUUGCGCGGAAUAGAUCGUUCCAGCCGUGCUGCAUGCUUCGUGUACAGACGACACUUCCAAUCUUCGGCGCGGCAUCGCGUCGUGGUCGCCGGUACGCAUAUUCGCCGGCUUCAGAGAUAGAUGGCCUUGGCCGACGAGGCAAAGCUAGCCUCCAUCUCCUUUUCCGUCUCUUUUUCAGCCUCUUCCCCUCCGUGCUCCUUUCGUCCCGCC